AUGGCAGAAGCUGCAGCCGCUGCGGCGGUCUACGAGACCGUGGAGACGACCGCACAGAUAGGCGUGGGCGCUUACAUGGUCGCGAAGCCCACGAUGCCAUUGAAGGCGACAUUCACACAAAUCGCCACGUCCUCGGAUGAUCAGACGAAACUCUCAUUAUCGCGAUCUGGCCACUCCAUCUCCAUCGUCAAGGACAAGGCUUACAUCUUCGGCGGCGAGACAGCAGCAGGCAAGCUCGCCAGCAACGAAGUGCAUGCUGUCACUCUACACUCUGCCGAUACGCCCGAGCCAGACUACUCCGUGAUACCUGCUGUGCCGGACCAGGAAGGUGGCAAAGUGCCCGCAGCGAGACACAGCCAUGCAGCAUGCGGCUUCAACAUCUGUGUUGCUGUCUUCGGUGGUGUCGACGAGAGCGGUAACGUCAUCGACGAACCGUUCAUCUGGCUCUUCGUCACAGGGAAGUCGUGCUGGGAGACGCUAGAAGCAUCCAGCUCCGAGAAGUCUCCCCAGCCACGGCGCGAUGCACACCUCUUCGACCAUCAGAACAAUCUGAUAUUGUACGGUGGUACGGAUGCGAGCGGCCAAUCCCUCCACGACGUUUGGCAUUUUAGCUACGUCAACAAGACGUGGACGCAACUGCCCGAUGCACCUGUCUCUACCUCAAACGUCGCUUUGAGUGAUGGUGUGCUGUACACGAUAACUGGCUCAGACGAAGUCAGCGGUGACCUCCACUUCCUCCCACUCAACGCUGGUUCCAACCAGGAGAACGGCUGGAGCCAUGUACCAUUCCCCACGAACCCACUCACCCCCGGGCCGCAGCCUCGCACAGGCGCUGGACUCCUCCCUGUAACCACCGGAUACGGAAGACAGUACCUCCUCUACAUGUUCGGCUCUCGAGCAAUCGUCCAACCAAAGGGAAGCGCGGCAGAACAGAAAGAGACCGACGACAGCACCCUCGAAGUCGAGCCCAAGGAUCCCAAAGACCUCUCUCCGCAAUUCUGGAGCGACAUGUGGACCUACCAGCUCCCGUCCAGCACGCCCGAGUUGAAAGCUAACAUCUACCAAGCCCUGAAACCAGCCAAGAUCAAGGACGCGAUCAGAGGCGCUUUGGGCAUGGACGACGGCAAGCACAGCUGGGGCGAAGUAGAGGUCCUGCCACCGAGUGAGAGCGAUUUGGCGACUUCGGAUGGCAAGGUGCAUCCGGGGCCAAGGGCGCUGUUUGCGUGCGAUGUGAUGAAGGACGGGAAGACGGCGGUGAUUUGGGGCGGGGUGAAUCCGAAGGGGGAGAGGGAGGGAGACGGGUGGGUGAUACGGCUGGAGUAG